AUGACCUUGGCGUCUCACCAUCAUGGCCAUCUUCGGGCUCUGGGUCAUCAACAAGGCAGGAGGCCUUGUGUACCAAAGAAACUUUGCAGAUGGCCUCGCUCAGCUAACAUCCAAUGAGUACCUCGUCCUCGCUGGUACACUGCACGGUAUCCACGCCAUUACGAGUCGUCUGUCGCCGAUGGGACCUAGUUCAGGUGCUCAGGUUAUCGAGGGAGAGUCGUUCAAGAUGACGAUAUUGCUUACCGCUACAGGAACGAAAUUCGUUCUUUUGACCUCCCUGGCAGAGCUCUCAGCAGAAUCGAUAUUGCAGAAAGUGCACGAAGCGUACGCAGAUGCAGUGAUGAAGAAUCCUUUUCACACUCCAGAGAUGCCCAUUCGGAGUGAAGGCUUUGACCUCCGAAUCAGUUUUCUUAUUGGCAAUGGACAAAUGUGAUGACGGAGAGUCUGAGAUUACAUAUAUCGACAUCGAUUUCCAAGUCGAGGUCAACUCUUACGCCUUCUGCGCGUAAUAACAUGCAGAAGAUGAGCUAUUCCGCCCGGCUAGGGCACGUUCCUUCGCAUAUUGCUUGAUGCUCAAAACCUUAUAGUCGCUCUGGUCCUCCUAGCCGACCACAUGUUUAACAUAACAAUGACAAUUCAUUAUAGGCUC